AUGUCCGGCCACUACUAUACCGAGCAGCUCCUCCCGCCUUUACCCCCCUCCCGUCGUCUUAUCCAUACUGCAUCACCACAACGUCUUGCGCGAACGUAUCGCGCGCCCCCGCCCGCCAUGAAUGAAGACCAAGCCAUUCUCGACAUCCAGCGCAAGAUCGAAAAGGAGCGCGUCCUCAUGGCCGCUGCCAACAAUAUGCGCUCCCAGACGGACAACGAUGCCGUUCGCUCGCGGCUCGACUCCCAGAUACGCGACGGUCGCCGCAACCUACAGUUCUUCGAAGAGCGUCUCAACGAGCUCCAAAUGCGCCGCGUCAACCAAGGUGUCAGCCACAUGGCUGUCAACGACAACCCCGAUGGUCCGCCCCCGCCCCCGCCCAAGGACUCUUCCGUUCAGUAUAGCCAAAUCGGCCAGCAUGGCGAUAGGAUGCCCUCGCAUCAUCCAUUCACCCCCCAGGCCCCUGGUACAUCCAUGCCCAAGGGCCGGCCCAACUUUACCAAGCUUGAUCUUAUUAAAUAUGAUACCCCCUACCUGGGUCCCCGUAUCCAGCUCAUGCUCUCCCAGCUUCAGUUCAAGCUCAAUGUCGAGGAACAGUACCUCAAGGGUGUCGAAAAAAUGGUCCAGCUCUACAGCAUGGAGGGCGACCGCAAGAGCAAGGCCGACGCCGCAGCGAGAAAAACGGAAAGCAAGCAGAAAAUUCUUCUCUUAAAGCAGGCACUUAAGAGAUAUGAAGAACUGCACAUUGACAUGGACAAUUCGGAUACACCCGAUGAUGAUUCAAUCAAUACACCCAAUCUUCGCAAACCACUUACCGGCUCCCUCGCCAUCCGCGUCGUCGCCGUCAACGAUGUCGACCACGCCGCCAUCACUCGCUUCUCCCGCGGUCCCGAAACGUUUGUCGCUGUGAAGGUCGAGGACACCGUCACUGCUCGCACCAAAGUUUCCAGAAACGAUCGUUGGGAAUCCGAAUUCCAUACCAUCGAUGUCGACAAGGCCAACGAAAUAGAAAUCAUCGUCUACGACAAGCCCGGCGAGCACCCCAUGCCCAUCGGUCUGCUUUGGGUCAGGAUAUCCGACAUUGUCGAGGAGAUGCGCCGCAAGAGGAUAGAAGCCGAAAUGAACUCCUCCGGCUGGGUCUCUGCGGACAAGAUGGGCAGCUACUCCGGCGGUGCUGCCCCCCCUCAGUUUCCCAUGAGCCCCUCGCAAGGCUCCUUUGGCCCCCAGGCUACCGGCCCUCCUGGUGGUAACCAGCCUGGUGCGGCCUAUGGAGCUCCGCCAGCAUCCCAGGUCAACGCUGGUCCCAUUGAAGGAUGGUUCAAUUUGGAGCCGGCUGGUCAGAUUCAGCUGCAAAUAAGUUUCGUCAAGCAGAACCGCGACAAGCGCACCGUCGACGUUGGUCUCGGCCGAAAGGGUGCUGUUCGUCAGCGCAAGGAAGAGGUCCAUGAAAUGUACGGCCACAAAUUCGUCCAGCAGCAGUUUUACAACAUAAUGCGAUGCGCGCUCUGCGGCGACUUUCUCAAGUACUCUGCCGGCAUGCAGUGUGAGGAUUGCAAGUAUACCUGUCACACCAAAUGCUACCAGAGCGUCGUCACCAAGUGCAUCAGCAAGAGCAACGCCGAAACCGACCCCGAGGAAGAAAAGAUCAACCACCGCAUCCCCCACAGAUUCCAACCUUUCUCCAACGUCACCGCCAACUGGUGUUGUCAUUGUGGUUAUAUCCUGCCAUUUGGCAAAAAGAAUUGCAGAAAGUGCACCGAAUGUAGUCUCACAAGUCACGCGCAUUGUGUACACCUUGUACCAGACUUUUGCGGCAUGUCCAUGGCCGUCGCAAACCAAAUUCUCCAGGGCAUUCGUAGCCAGAGGCAAAAGGCCAAGACGACGACCAACCUGACAGAUAGAACCCUGCGCAAGAUGAGCGCCCCUGGCUCUCAGUCGGCAACACCCACGUCCGCCGUUUCCUCCCCGACCGGUUCCGCACAGCCACCACAGCUCUCUCCCACCACCACCAAUGAGGCAGCCGAGGCCGCCAGACGCAUGUACGCCAAUCAACAGGCGACCCCGCAGCAGCGACCGGCGCCCGGACGCGCCGCAUCAAGCACCAGCUCCACGACUAUUGCUGCUUCCGCCGCGGCUGCCGCGGCUGCUUCGGCUGCCAUGGCAGGCAUUUCGUCGCAGCAGAAUCAAAGGUCCGACCACGGUCGAUACAGCGGCCAUGGUCAACCCGCGCCAGAUGCAUAUGCUGCCGCUGGCGCUUACGGGGCCCCAAUUCAAGCGCAACAGCAGACGCGUCCCUAUAACCCGGCGGAUUAUGCAAACGUCAACACUGGCUACGCUCAGCAGCAGCAACAGCAACAGCAUCAAAUGCAGCAACAGCAGCAAAUGCAGCCCCCGGCUCAGAUCCGCCCUGUACAGCAGAUGCCUUCUCCUGCUCAGCCUGCGGCCCGACCCGCCGAGCCACCCCUCUCCCCUCAGAAGCCAUACACUCCCCAGGGUGGGCAAGGCGGUGGGCGCAAGGCCCUUCCACUAGCCACGGACCCUGGUACUGGGCAGCGCAUCGGCUUGGACCACUUCAACUUCCUGGCUGUUCUGGGCAAGGGCAACUUUGGCAAGGUCAUGCUUGCCGAGACCAAGAGAUCCAAGAAGCUUUACGCUAUCAAGGUCCUGAAAAAGGAAUUUAUCAUUGAAAAUGAUGAAGUGGAGAGUAUGCGCUCAGAGAAGAGAGUAUUUUUGGUCGCCAACAGGGAACGCCAUCCCUUCCUGACGAACCUGCACGCCUGUUUCCAGACGGAAACUCGUGUGUACUUUGUCAUGGAGUACAUCAGCGGCGGCGACCUGAUGCUCCACAUCCAGCGCGGCCAGUUUGGCGCCAGACGAGCCCAGUUUUACGCCGCCGAGGUCUGCCUGGCCUUGAAGUACUUCCAUGAGAACGGUGUUGUCUACCGUGAUCUGAAGCUCGACAACAUCAUGUUGACGCUGGACGGACACAUCAAAGUUGCCGAUUACGGUCUUUGCAAGGAGGACAUGUGGUAUGGCUCCACGACGGGAACAUUCUGCGGUACACCCGAGUUCAUGGCGCCAGAAAUUCUGCUGGACAAGAAGUAUGGCCGCGCGGUCGACUGGUGGGCCUUUGGUGUCCUGAUUUACCAGAUGCUGCUGCAGCAGUCGCCAUUCCGCGGUGACGACGAAGACGAAAUCUACGAGGCGAUUCUGUCGGAUGAGCCUCUUUACCCCAUAAGCAUGCCGAAAGAGUCUGUGUCCAUUCUGCAGAAGCUUCUCACGCGUGAGCCCAACGACCGUCUGGGUAGCGGCCCGACGGACGCGCAGGAAGUCAUGAGUCAUGCGUUCUUCAAGAAUAUCAACUGGGAAGAAAUCUAUAUGAAGCGUGGGCCGCCGCCGUUUAAGCCUGCGAUCAAGAGCGCAACGGAUACGAGCAACUUUGAUUCUGAAUUCACCAGCGUCACUCCAGUGCUCACACCAGUGCAGUCGGUUCUGUCACAAGCGAUGCAGGAAGAGUUUCGUGGCUUCUCGUACACUGCUGAUUUUGACUAA